AUGCUGAAGCCAGGCGAUCCCGGCGGAUCGGCUUUCCUCAAGGUGGAUCCCGCUUACCUCCAGCACUGGCAGCAGCUUUUCCCUCACGGCAGCCAGCUCAAAGGCGGCGCUGGGCUGCUGGGUCACCUCCAGGCGCCCGAAAGAGCCGUCGAUCCACCGGCUGACAGCCUUCGCCAGCUCCCGGCGUCUCUUUCCUCGGCUGCGUCCUCCUCGUCGUCGUCGUCGUCCUCUUCUUCUUCCUCCUCCUCUUCCACCCCGUCGUCCGCUCCGUCUUCGUGCGCCGUCGCCUCCUUGGCCAGCUUGACCUCGCUGCCGGUGGCUCAGAUCCCUGUCUUUGGGCCGAUCCAGACCUCCGACUCCCCUACGGGAGCUCCGGUCCCCCUCCUGCAGACCAAGGACCUGGGCGGAGGCAGCGGGGUGGCCAAGUGCAGCGAGAGGGUGGCGGCCAGAUUUCGCUGCACCGCCGAGGAGCUGGACUAUUACCUGUAUGGGCAGCAACGCAUGGAGAUCAUUCCCCUCAACCAGCACACCGGGGACCCCAACAAUCGAUGUGACAUGUGUGCAGAUAACCGUAACGGAGAGUGCCCCAUGCAUGGUCCUUUGCACUCUUUACGCCGCCUGGUGGGCACAAGUAGUGCCGCGGCAGCAGCACCUCCACCUGAGAUUCCUGAGUGGCUUCGGGAUCUACCACGGGAGGUGUGCCUGUGCACCAGCACUGUGCCUGGUUUGGCCUAUGGCAUCUGUGCUGCUCAGAGGAUUCAGCAGGGCACCUGGAUUGGGCCUUUCCAAGGAGUUCUCCUUCUGCCAGAAAAGGUGCAAACAGGAGCAACCAGGAACACUCAACACCUCUGGGAAAUAUAUGACCAAGAUGGGACACUACAGCACUUUAUUGAUGGUGGGGAACCCAGUAAGUCAAGCUGGAUGAGGUAUAUUCGAUGUGCAAGGCACUGUGGGGAGCAGAACUUAACCGUAGUCCAGUACAGGUCAAACAUAUUCUACAGAGCUUGUAUGGAUAUUCCCAGAGGGACAGAGCUGUUGGUGUGGUACAAUGACAGCUACACAUCUUUCUUUGGAAUCCCAUUACAGUGCAUUGCACAAGAUGAGAACUUGAAUGUUCCUUCAACUGUAAUGGAAGCCAUGUCAAGACAAGAUACCGUCCAGCCAUUUAACAAAAGUAACAAACUACCCUCUGCCACUCCACAGCGGUCCAUAGUAUUUCCACAGACUCUGUGUAACAGGAAUUUCUCUCUUCUGGAUAAAUCAGGCUCUAUCGAAUCAGGAUUUAACCAGAUCAGUGUAAAAAACCAGCGAGUCCUUGCAAGUCCUACAUCAACAAGCCAAUUAAAUUCUGAGUUCAGUGACUGGCAUCUUUGGAAAUGUGGGCAAUGCUUUAAGACUUUCACUCAACGGAUCCUCUUACAGAUGCAUGUGUGUACACAGAACCCUGACAGGCCCUAUCAGUGUGGACACUGCUCCCAAUCCUUCUCCCAACCUUCAGAGCUACGGAACCACGUAGUCACCCAUUCCAGUGACAGACCUUUCAAGUGUGGCUAUUGCGGUCGUGCCUUUGCUGGUGCUACUACACUCAACAAUCAUAUCCGGACACAUACAGGGGAGAAGCCCUUUAAGUGCGAGAGGUGUGAGAGGAGCUUCACACAAGCCACCCAGCUGAGUCGACACCAGAGGAUGCCCAAUGAGUGCAAGCCAAUAACAGAGAGCACAGAAUCAAUCGAAGUGGAUUAACUGAUUGACUGGUUGGAAUUAAACUGCAAGGAAAGUCAUGAUUAAAUGUCACGGACACUUAAGCAAAACCAAAGAUUUCCUCUGAGCAACUUUCAAUCAGUCCCAGAAAACCAAGAGCAGUAAUAAAAUAAGUAAGAUGUUAAGAGAUAUUGAUUCUGGCGUGGACGUGAAACCAGGAAAGAGAUUAUUUAUUUAUGACUAGGAAUGAGACUGAUUUCAAUGGACAAGAAACCCAGGCCUGCUAGCAUUACUAGCCUCUCACCCCACCCCACCAUGUAUUGCUUUAUUUCUAAAAGCUUUUACAAUUGUUAUUUAAUACCAAAGCAACAAAGAUCAAGGGUUCUUCUGCCCACAGCUAUGACUGCGAAUGCACAUAGACUUGUUUAUGAUUGCACCUUUUUCUUCAGCAUGACUCGGUGGACCCAGGUACACUUUUUCCUCGGUGCUAUUGGGUUGCGUGGUUCUUAACUUGACUGUUUUUGUUUUUUAAAAAAAUGUUGUCUCCAAAUGACGAGAGAAAGCGAUCCAGAACUAUCUUUGUGUUGUGUCAGAACUCCUCCAAUUGAUGGACGUUUUCAUUUCCAUGAUUUCAAAACUCACAUUUUGUGCACUUUUUUGUAUAGAUGUUUUCAUUAGCCAGUGUUGCAUUGGCCCAGGAGA